GUGGCACUUGGUCACGAGAGAGGGAAGUAUGGCUGCAAUGGCUGAGGAAGAGUUUGUAGCGCUUCAGAUUUUACUGAAAGCUUCAUCAAAGGAUGUAAUUCGGCAGUUAUGCCAGGAAUGCUUUUCUAGUUCAGUGAGUGGUUCUGACAAACUGAUUGAGAAUACAUGUUCCAGUCUCUCAAUUGCACCAAAUGAAGCAAAUCAGUUGAUCCGUUCUUUGCACAACCUUACAAGGCACACAGUGUAUCAUGGACUGUCAUCCCCAGAAGAAAUCCUUGCCCUCUUUCCAGAAGGAUUUCACCAGAACCUAAAAAACCUCUUGACCAAGAUAAUCCUGGAAAAUGUCUCUGCCUGGAGAAAUGAAGCACUAGCCAGUCAAAUUUCCCUGCCUCGGCUUGUGGACAUGGAUUGGAGGGUGGACAUCAAGACCUCCUCGGACAAUAUCAGCAGAAUGGCUGUCCCUACCUGCUUGCUACAGCUGAAGAUUCAGGAAGAUGCUGUCUUGUGUGGGAAUGACUUCCCAACCUCUGCAUUGACAGUAGAGUUGAAUAAGCAAACGUUGGACACUAUGCUAGAUGGCCUAGGAAGGAUUCGGGACCAGCUUUCUGCUGUUGCAAAUAAAUAAAGCAUUCUGGGUACAGAAUUCCAACAGCCUUUCAUAUGCAUGAAAGAA